CAUCAAAACUACAUAAACAUAACGACAUCCGAAUGCACUCAGCUCUCCCAAUCAUUGACUUCAGUCCGAUUCUUUUCGGUUCUUUAGAGAGUCGUCAAUGUACUAUUUCGGAAAUCGAUAAUGCGCUGCGGACCGUUGGUGCUUUUUACCUUCGAAACUACGGUAUUGAGAGAGCGAAGAUUGACAUGUGGUUUGAAUGGAGCCAACGAUUCUUCGACCUCCCACUUUCUGAAAAGGAAAGGUUAUUCCCAACGCCUCGGUCCUUUGAACAGGGAUAUUUUGGAAUUCACAAGGAAAAAGUACGCGAGCAGACCGCUUUAAAAGAGAACUUUGAUUUCGGUGACCCAGAAGCCAAUAAUGCGUCCUGUUGGCCUCAGGAAGAACAGCUGCCAGGAUUUCGAGAUUUCGCAGCAGACUUUCAUCAGGUAUGCGAGCAUUCUAAUGAUGACAAGCUACUUGAGUGUCUUUCAGUGGCACUGAACCAAGAGCCUGAUUUCUUCGGCUGCUAUCACACUGGCUCGAUGUUCGUGUCUAGUCUCAUUCACUACCCUGCCGUAUCCUCCGACAGUCUAAGGUCAGGUCAAGUAGUACGAAGCCCAGCGCAUUCCGAUCUUGGGACCCUUACUCUUCUCUUUCAGCAAAACAUUGGAGGUCUUGAAGUGGCGGAUAUGAGCUCUACCAAUAAAUUAUCAAGUGCGGCUGUGGAAAAGAGCGCCACGUUUAUCCCGGUUGAGCCAGAUGCUGAAACAAUCCUAGUCAAUGUUGGCUACCUGUUGAUGCGAUGGUCCAAUGCGAGGUGGAAAAAUAGCGUCCAUCGGGUUUCGGAGCCUCCUAGCUUAAUUGAUAAGCAGAUCGUACCUGAGAGAUACAGUUUCGCCUUUUUCAGCUUCCCUGAUGCUCAUACUGUCGUCGAACCACUCCCGGCUUGCCACAAUACCGAGAUACCCAAGAGAUGGGGUCCAAUAAAUGCCGGCAAGUAUCUUCUCAGUAAAAGAGACAAAUUGUAUUCUUAA